GCUGGACACUCAGUCAUUGGGAGCUAAAUUUGGGAGAGAGGUGAUCAGGUUCCAGGUCUGUGCACAUGAUACCGUCCUACUUACUUGAGCGAUGCCCCUUCUCACACAAACACACUCUCAACAAGAGCAGACACACUCGGCGAACCUCUUUUUCAGAACGGAAUUUAGUCUGAUCAUCUGAAGUAAAUAACUUUUUUUAACAGGCUUCCCUUUUUGGAGUUCAGUGUCUCUUGACUGGACUGAAUAUUUGGGCCUGGUGCUGUGGAGCUCCAGUCCUUUGAGUUGCUUUUUCCUCACCCGUCUUUCAACACCCGUACUCUAGUGCUUGGUGGGAGGAAGACACCGCUGACCCGAGAUGUUCCUCGCACUAGUGGUGACGCCAGAGCUGAGGGAGUUUCUGACCAGAGCGAGAGGUGGAGCACUCCGCCUCCUCAAGGUGUGCAUCCAAGACGAGCAGCUGGUGCUGGGGGCCUGCAGAGAGCCGGAAAAGAGCUGGGAGCAGGACUAUGACCACUUCCUGCUUUCUCUCCUUUACGACCAGGAGCCCUGCUACAUCCUGUACCGCCUCGACUCCCAGAAUGCACAGGGCUACGAGUGGAUCUUCAUAUCGUGGUCUCCUGAUCAGUCUCCAGUGAAACAGAAGAUGUUGUAUGCUGCCACCCGUGCCACAGUAAAGAAGGAGUUUGGAGGUGGCCAUGUGAAGUACGAGAUGUUUGGCACAACCGAGGAGGACAUUUGUUUGCUGGGAUACCAGCGCCAUGUGUCCUCCUGCUCAGGUCCUGCCCCGCUCACACUUGCUGAACAAGAGCUGCAGAGGAUUAAAAUCACAGAGGUGAGAGAGAUAGUCAACUAUUUUGUGUGUGUGCGUGUGUGUGUUUGCUGCCCCCUGCAGGUGAAGACAGAGAUCAGCGUGGAGAGUAAGCACCAGACACUUCAGGGUCUAGUUUUCCCUCUGCAGGAGACUGCCAAAAGAGCCCUGCAGCAACUUUCCCAAAAACGCAUCAACUACAUUCAACUGAGGUUGGAUGUACAGAAGGAGACAAUCGAGCUGGUCCACUCCAACCCGACAGAAACUCGUGAAUUGCCCCACAGAGUUCCCAAAGACACUCCCAGAUAUCACUUCUUCCUUUAUAAGCACUCUCACGAAGGAGACUACCUGGAAUCUGUUGUGUUCAUAUACUCCAUGCCAGGAUACAGCUGUAGCAUUAAGGAGCGGAUGUUGUAUUCAAGCUGCAAGAGUCGACUACUGGAGGACGUGGAGAAAGAUUACCAUUUGGAAGUUGCUAAAAAGUUGGAGAUCGAUGACGGAGACGAACUGACUGAGGACUUCCUGUAUGACGAGGUCCAUCCCAAGCAGCAUGCUCACAAACAGGCCUUCGCUAAGCCCCGCGGCCCGGCAGGAAAAAGGGGACACAAGCGCCUCAUUAAGGGGACAGGAGGCACCCUACAGAACAGUUAGAGGCGGACCCCUUCCUCCCCAUAGUCCCCAGACCCGCUAACACCCAUAGGCCCAGAGGAACGAGCACAGUGGUGGACUUCCUCUGCUGCUUGUGUACAACACUUGUGCUUUAUAAAUAUGUUUUUGAUGAUACAAUAAUGGUCAAAUAUAUGUCUCUCCCACAGACAUAUCAAGUCUUAUAAAGACAAACUAUAGAUAACAUGUGUAAGAAAACAUGACUCAAAUCCCUAAUAAAAAAACAAUCAGGCUACACACUGACAGAUUAGCUUGUUGUUGUAUAGCUAAUCUGUCUGGUUCUUUCAUACGUCAAAAAUUGAUUUCUGCCGUUUACAACAUACAGAUUACAAGUUUUGUAUCAGCAAUGUUUGUAUGAGAAUAUGAAAGGAAAUUCCAAAUAAAUGUUGUUUAUACUGUGAUAUUA